CUCUCAGCAGAGGUCAUUCUGCAACUUCUUCGAGUAGUAGCAACAUGGAAUUUUUUGGAAAGCUUAUGCGCCUCUUUGGUGUUGGCAAACCCAAUAUGGAUCCAAUUGCUAAUCUCCCAGUAGAAGUGGCCCAGUGUAUUUUCAGGCAGCUUGAUUCUCGAUCACUUCUGAAUGCAGCUCGAGUAUCCCGUGGAUGGCAUUCAGUCUGUCGAGGUGACUCACGAUUGAGGGCAGCCGCCAGACGCCAUCUCAGGAGGGAGAAAAGGCUUGCUUACGACCUCUUCAGACCGGUCAGGAUGGUCCGGUCAGUCGUGAGACCCGCUCAGAAGGUUUCCGCUGCUUCAGGCCCAAUUGUCUUCAUGUAUGGACCUGCUGAUGUAUUUCGGGGAUAUACGCAGCCCCAAAAUGUGAGGGGCAAUCUUGGGCCUCGAGUGAAGCUCGAGGUCAAGAGGAGUAUGCUUAAGUUUCGGUGAAAUAGUAGUAAGUUAGAUAAGAAUUUGUUAGAUAAUUAAUGAUAAUUAAUGAUAAUUGCUGGCCAGCAGAGUAGUUUAAAAUAUA